UUUUAUUUGUUUGGCUGGUUCCUUUGGUAGAUUUUAUAUUUGUCAACAAAAAAAAGUGACUAAAUAAAAAUUACCGAAAUAGUAAAUUAAAAAAUUAGUUAAUUUUCUUACUUUUUCUAUAAAAGUUUAAAAUGUCCCUCGCAAAAUUAAAUUUAGAAAAUGUUGUCUUUCAAAUAGUUGGAAAAACAUUAAAAAUAAUAGAUAAUCCAAUACAGUCACCACCGACAUCAAAUUCAACGAAUAUAAAAAAAAAUAAAACAAUUAAUGAAAAUGAUAAAAAAUUUGGUGAAAUUUAUUUAGCUCAAGAUGGUCGGUUUUAUUAUAAUUGUGAAUUUUGCAAUAAUAACUAUUUUUGCAUAAAGUACUUCACCAAACAUUUAAUUGAAGAACAUAAAACUUUAUAUACACAAAAUGCAUCAAUUCAAAUUGUUGAAGAAAUAAAAAUUGAAGAUGAUCAUUUAUAUGCAACUCAAAAUGAAUUGAAUCAGAGUCAAGUAUUGUUAGGAGAUCAAGAUAUGCAAAUGGAAACGGUAAUUUAUGAAGAAGAUUCUGACAAUCAAAAUUAUAUUGAGCAGAUUCAUCGACAACAGCAACAAGAUCAAGAAAAUAUUAUAAAUGAAAAUGAGAACGUCAUAAAUAAUAACAAUACAGCUACCAAUACAACAACAACGACCUAUACUUUUAAGGAUGAUAAUGUAAGAAUAGUGAAUGAUCCAUCAGGUAACACGUAUCGUAUUGAAACCGUUGAAACAGUAAAUAAUCAUCAAGAAACUGAAGAGCAGCUAAGGAAAAAUGCUGGUAGUGUUUUAGUUGCUUUGGAAACUGAACUAUUACAGGAGGAGUACAAUAACGAAACUCAAACUAUUUAUGCAAACGAUUUUGUAGAAGAAACAGAACAACAAGUUUGUUCACAGGGAAUCCGAUCCGUUGAAAAUGAUCCAUUGAAUUUAAAUGACAGUGGGAAAAGAACAUUCUUUGAUGAUUUAUAUGAUUCAUUUGAAUAUAAAAAAUGUAAGUUAUGUAAUGUUAAGACUGGCCAAAUGCUAACACAUUUAAAAUAUAAACACCCCAAUGCCAUUAAAUGUAAUAUAUCAGAUUGUAAUAUGCCAUUUGAUUCCGAGGAAGAAUAUAAUGCACAUAAAGCAGAAUUACAUAUAAAUCCAAAUUUUCCAUUUCAAUGUAAAAGUUGCUCUUAUAAAUGUAAAUAUCGUAGUGGCAUUUUAAAUCAUUAUAAUCGUAUUCAUUUACAAAAACCAAAGUUUCAGUGCAAUUUGUGUGAUAAGAGCUUUUACGCAUAUCAUGUACGAAAAAGACACAUUAAAGAAUGUCACAAUAACGGAAAACUGGUUACGGUUGUGAAAGAAAUAAGGAAUGAUAGUUUUUAAAUACAUAAAAUAUAUAAAAAAAAACAUAAUUAUUGUCACACUUAAUGUAAUAUUUAAUAUUUAAGAAUAAAUUCUAUCUAAAAUUCACGUAUGUAAUAAUCUAAGUCAAUUUUGUUGAAAAUUAGAAAUUAAAAUAAUAACUAUAGAUAAAAAUAUAAAAGAAUUACAAUUUUGUUUAUAUUAUAAAGUAAUAGUGUAAUAUUUUAAUAUUUGCAACAUUUGCAGAAUUAUCUCUAAAAUUAUUAUUAUGUAUUUAAUUACAUUUCUAUUUAAAAUUAUAUAUAAGUUGUAAGUAAAGUAUGUAGGAGUACCAUUGUCUCGCUUCCGUAUGAAAGUUUUCCUUAAGUCAUUAAUUGUUUAAGAAAGGAUUUAAAUAAAAAAAAUGCUGGCAUAAUUUAAGAUUGAUUUUUCGAUGUACGUAUUUUUAACAAUGUUUUUUUUUUUAAAUAAAAUAAUAAAAAUUGGCAGAAUACUUUUAUUUUA